AAGAAGUCAAGGGUCUCUCAGUCAGUAAAAUGUACAAAGGCGGCAAAUAAAUACCAAGAAUAUUUCGAUUUCGAAAACUUUAAUUUCUAUUGAAUUUAAAAUAUAUGUAAUUUUCACUAACAUAUAAUAUCCAGAAGAAGGAAAUUCGAGCUUAGUUUUCGAGAUGUCACUUCUUGAGGAUGUCUUCCUGGAGGACGAGGCUGGUGAAGCUCAAGAUUUGGAGCGUGUCAUUGAGGGUGAUGAGUAUGAUGAUAGACCACAGUCAGUAUACAGAGACAGUGACAGUAACAGUGAGAAAGAAGACGAAGCUGUGGAAGACAGAAGGCGUGUUGAUCCUACACAGAAUAAAACAAAGAGGGUCAUAAAGAAUCCCAGGUUUCUCUUGAAUCCAGCCAGGCUGACAGGUCCCAGGGGUAUACAGGUCAUUCCUGAACAUUUUAAGGAUUUUAAAUUUAAAGGAAAAGGGCAUGAGAAAGAAGAUCUGGACCUGGUUCUAAAGAAACUUGAGCACUGGGCUUAUAGGUUGUACCCAAAAUUUGAAUUUGAGGACUGCUUGAAGAAAAUUGAGAUGCUCGGAAAGAAGCGGCCGGUUAUGGUUCAUUUACACAAAAUCAGAUCAGACCAGUUCACCACCGAGGAGACAGUUGUCCAGAAAGAUUCCAGCGAUGAGGACACACCAGUGGUACAAGAGGAAGAUGAGUUUGACAAACUUUUGCAGCAGCAGAUAGAGUUGGCCAGAUCCACUCCAGCGUCCAGUUCUGUGAAGUCUUUCAGUACUCCGAAAGUCAUUGACAAAACACCACGAAUGAUGCCAAAGGCAGUAUCAUCACCAUCAAUAACAAAUGAGCAGAAAGAGAGAAUGCUUCAGAACAGAAGACUGGCUGAAGAAAGAAGACUUGCUAGAAUACAAAAUAAUACUAAUAAAAGUGAUGGUACUAUCAAUACAGAGACUAUAAUAGUUGAAGAUCAUGUAAAUUCAAAUAUAACUAAGGAUCCAGAUGAUAAUAAUGAAAUUGUAGUUGUAGAAAAUUACUUUGCCAAUGAACGAAUUGCAGAAGACGAACCUAGAAGGAAGAAACAUAACAGAUCAAAUGUAAUCGAUAGUUCAGAUGACGAAUGUGAAGAAGUAGCUGUUAAUAAAUCAAUAACUGUUGAUGUACAUGAACAGAAUAUGGAUAUUGUAAGCAAUAGCAAAAUAUGUGCUAAAGAUUCUAUAGAUUUAACGAAUAGCAAUACAACAAAUAACGAAGUAGAUGAUUAUAAUACAGUAACAAACAAUAGUAUUCAUGAUACUGUUGAACGUGAUGAUGAAACUGCUAUUGCAACUGUUACAAAAGCAAAAGAUAGUGGAAUUACUGAAGAAAAUGAUAAUAUAGAAAAUGAAGUAUCUGGAAUGGAUGAUGAUAGUAAUAGUGGUAUAGUUGAUGAAAAUUCCGUAAAACCUAUUGAAGGUGAUAAAAUUCGAAUCUCUAAUGAUAACUUAGACGAAGAAAUAAAUCAAGACAGUGAAUAUAUAAAUAGUGAAAAUAAUGUAAAAGAGAAAUCAAUUAACAAUGUUAAGGAAAAUGUACCUAAUAAUGAUGUUGAAGAGUUCAUGGAUGUUGAUUUUAGUGAUGACUUCUAAACUGUUUUGUGUUUUCAAAUUCAAAUUCAAAAAUAAUUUAUUCAUGUAGGACCUUUUAGUCGUUAUGAACAUAAAAUUUUUUUACAUUAUAAUUUUAAUUUAUUUCCCUACCGUCCAGUUUAGUAUAUAGAUCCAAUUGAGAAGAACUGGCAAGAAAGUCAA